AUGGGGCGGGAGCGCGGCAACGGUGGGUCGGGGAUGUCGGCGAGCGCGCGGGCGUUCGCGCCGAAGAAGGCGACGCGGAAGGAUCGGUGGGCGGACUCGUUCGAUCCGGAUUUUAUUCGCCGCGAUCCGAGCGUGGGGUCGGCGAGGAUGGUGCCGAUGAACGUCCCAGGGGUGAUGCCGAUGAUGAUGCCGCCGCCGAUGGGUGGGAUGACGUGGCAACAAGCGGCGCCGAGCUAUUUCGCGCCGCCCAUGCCGCCGCCCAUGCCGCCGGGACCUCCGCCGCCUCGCCCAUCGCGGGAACGAGGCGACGACGUCUGA